AUGUCGUCCUCCCAUAUGGCUUCUAAAGAACGAAUAUUUAUCGAUCUGACCGAUGACACCGAUAUGGAUGAACAGCCGGUGCCGGUGAAAGAGGGGGAAAUGACAUUUGUGUCGACCGUGACGCACCGGCAACCUCCUUCCGUCAUUCCAAACAAACGCAAGAGCGUUGAGGAUUCAGACGCUUCUUCUAUCAGCAACUUCCCUCUCCAUGGUGGACUUUCAACAGAAGUCCGGUCCAGGAUCAAAUCUCGGCCUCCAUCCACUCCAAGCCCUACACCGAGUAGCUCUAGGACCUUAGGAGUCGGGAAGCUUGCAGUUGUGAUUUCUUCUCCCUCUGCUCAACAGAGAGAAGCUCUCAAAGCCCCAGUCGCCUAUCCCGGAGGUCAUGAAUUCAUGGGCUUGUCCGAGCAAUUUUAUCCCACCAAGUCUGUCGAGAGAAGAAAAGCUGCCAAGAGAGUAUAUCCAAAGGCACGACAAGUUGAUCGACGAAUCGUCCCAUUUGCCAUCUGGGCUGAGUCUAGACCUGAAUCUGCUCAGUCUUCUGAAAGGUUGUUAAGAGACAGCCUAAACAAGAAUUUAAGUCGUAUCGAGGGACCACCUAUUACAUUCGAUAUUGAUGAUGAGAGACUUGCGUUACUUUCCUCCACAUUUGGGUUCGUCAACGACUAUGUUCUCUUCCAGGGUGUGAAGCGUGUUGAUAGGGACUUCAACUUUGGCUGCAAUUGCGAUGGUCCUUGUGGACCAACCACAUGUGACUGUCUCUUCGAUGAAGAGGAUUCGGAUGAAAAGAUCACAACCUACCACGCCGUAACUGUUCCAGAACAGCGAAUUGUCCUGCAUCCGAAGUUCUUGGGACGUCGUUCAAAAAUCGUCGAAUGCUGUGAGCUGUGCAGCUGUAAGGGCCAGUGCUGGAAUACGGUCGUUCAACGUGGUCGUCGGAUUGGCUUCGAAAUAUUUGAUACUGGUCCCCGUGGUUUCGGAAUUCGGUCUCCUGAUGAUAUCGUCGCAGGUCAAUUUAUUGAUCGAUAUUUUGGCGAAGUGAUCACAGACGAAGAAGCCGAUGAUCGCGAGCAAGCGAACCAGGAGGGUCAAUCAUAUCUUUUCACCUUGGACUGGAAAGAACAAGACGGCGGUGAUUAUGACUCGGAUGACGAUAGCGAGGAAGAAGUCGAACAGCUCUAUGUUAUCGACGGUCAAAAAUUCGGCUCGGCAACCCGCUUCAUCAAUCAUUCUUGCAAUCCCAAUUGCAAAAUUGUUCCUGUGUCCACAACCGAGCAUGCCGAUGACAAACUUUACUCGCUUGCCUUUUUCGCUCUUCGGGAUAUUCCUCCUGGCACUGAACUCACGUUCGAUUACAACCCCUUCUGGGAUGGUACAACGUCAGUCGACCCCGGUGCCGUGAAAUGCCUAUGUGGAGAGGCCAAUUGCCGCGGUCAGCUAUGGCCAAAUGCUCGAAAGAAGGGGCCUGGUAAUAACGCCACUCCGAACAAGAAGAACAAAACCAAGAAAUGA